AUGCGUCUGCGUUCAUUUUCUUCAAUCUCAAUCGCAGUCAAACUUGUCUUGAUUAUGAUUUCAGUAUGGUUAAUUGUUAGUAUUCAUAUUCUUGUUUUCAUGGAAAUCAGAAACAAUGUCUGUGGAAUGUUUGAUGCAUACAAGUUAUUCUAUGCAGCGUAUCAAAUUACAUUUAUCAGCGUUGUGCCGCCGACGUUAAUGAGUAUUUUCAGUAUUCUCACCUUCCGUAGUCUUCGUCAACGACACGAUGGUCAGGCACACAUCAGACAACGAGAUCGACAACUGAUGCGCAUACUCAUUGUUGAGGUUCUGAUAAACGUUUCCACGUCGAUUCCUAUCUCAUGCAAUUUCGCUUACAAUGCAGCAACAAUUUAUGUCACGGAUAAAACAUCGCUACGACAGGAGAUCGAAUCAUUCUUCGGGUACAUCGUGCAAAAUUUGAUCUAUCUUAUUAGUGUUGUUCCUUUUUAUGUAUUUUUAAUAACAUCAAAACCAUUUCGAAACGAAUUCUUCGAUAUUUUUGUUAAUCUUUGGAAUAAGCACAUCCGGCGACGUACACGUAUUGUUCCAUUCGCUGAGCAAGAUGCCCGAACAAGAAGAACUCAUACAAUAUUACGCACUGAACACCAAUAA